AUGAAAAAAGAUGGUGUUGGAAAAAGUACACUUAUUACAUCGCUUAUUAGAGAAACUUUUGUUCCAAAUAUUCAGCAUGUUGUCCCAGAAGUAACAAUCCCACCAGAAGUCACACCGGAAAAGGUUAUAACACAUAUAGUAGAUUCAUCAUCACGAUCUGAAAAUCGUGAUCAGCUAGAGAAUGAAAUCAAGAAAGCUCAUGUGAUAUGUAUUGUGUAUUCAAUUGAAAAUACACAUACAUUUAGUCGAUUAGCUUCUUAUUGGUUACCUUAUAUACGAAGUCUUGGUGUAAAUGUUCCAGUGGUGCUGGUUGGUAAUAAGAUUGAUCUUCGAGGUGACCAAGUAACAAAUCAAUCAUUAGAAGAAGAAAUAAUACCGAUAAUGAAUGAAUUCAAGGUAUAUGAGCAAUGUUCUGCGAAACAACCAUUAAAUGUAUCAGAAGUUUUUUAUUUUGCACAAAAAGCAGUUCUUCAUCCAACGGCGCCUUUAUAUGAUUCAAGAGAACAUGUGUUAAGACCGGCAUGUAUAGAUGCUCUCAAAAGAAUUUUUUCUUUAUGCGAUACUGAUAAAGACGGUACACUUAAUGAUAACGAAUUAAAUGAAUUUCAGAGGAAAUGUUUCAAUGCACCAUUAAAACAACAAGAACUUGCGGGUGUGAAAGAGGUAGUUAGAGAACAUGAACCAGCGGGUGUUAACGAUAUAGGAUUAACGGAGCUUGGAUUUUUAUUUUUACAUACACUGUUUAUCCAACGUGGUCGAUUGGAAACAACUUGGGCUGUGCUAAGAAAAUUUGGAUAUGGUGAUGAUUUGAUGUUAAGAGAAGACUUUCUGUUUCCACACAUCGAUGUUCCUUGUGAUUGUUCAGCAGAAUUAAGUCCUAAAGGUUAUCAAUUUUUCGCCGAUAUAUUUCAACUUUUUGACAAAGAUAAUGAUGGAGCUUUGAAAAAUGAUGAAUUAUUUGAAUUGUUUAGUACUUCACCUGCAAACCCUUGGACAUACACCGGUUUUCCAAAUACUACAAUAACAAAUGAAGCAGGUGCUGUCACAUUACAAGGGUGGUUGGCACAAUGGAGCAUGACAACAUUACUAGAUCAUACAACCACGUUAUCGUAUUUAGCUUAUUUGGGAUUUGAAGGUGAUACUAGGAAGGCGUUGAAAGUUACGAGACCAAGGAAGUUGGAUAGGAAAGCGAAUAAGGUUCAAAGAAAUGUUUUUUUAGUGUAUGUUCUUGGUGCAGCAGGUUCUGGUAAGACAUCACUAUUGAGAGCUUUUGUAAAUAAAGAAUUCGUGCAAGAACAUUCAUCUACCACAAGAACUUUCAAUGUUGUAAAUUCAGUUGAAAUCAAAGGAUCAGAAAAAUAUUUAGUGCUGCAAGAAUUUGGAUCAAGAUAUGAAGCAGAAAUACUACAAAAUAAACGUAAAUUAGAUAAUUGUGAUUUACUAUGUUUUGUUUAUGAUUCAAAUGACGCUGAUUCAUUUUCAUAUAUUGUUGAAUUGAGACGAAACGAGAUUCAACCAGACGUUUAUUGUCGUAGUCUUGGACUGGCGCCACCAAUCAAUGUUUCAGUAAAGAAACAUUAUCAAGUAGCAGAUUUAUGGAAUUUAUUAGCAGGAGUGGCAAUAAAUCCAACAAUUGCUACACCAGGAUUAGCAGAUUCGGCACAUGCCUCAUCUCGUAUUAUCAAGAAAUAUUUAACAUUCACAGCUUUAAUGGGUGCUAUAAUGGGUGCCGCAUUUUUAGGGGGGAGGUAA